AGGAAUUAAAAAAAAGUACAGAGAGAGAGAGAGUCGCAUUGAAUCAGCAUCGCAUCGAAGAUCGAUCAAAAUACAGCAGAUCUCAGGCCAUAUUCAUCGGAGGCCGUUUGCGAGACAAAUGGCGAUUCUUAAGUUUCAGGCAUCAUGGGUGGCAAAUUUAGAGUCGUAUUCCUCUUCUUCUUCUCCUUCGGGCUCCUGACCUGCUGGUCUUGUGAUGCAAGAAACCCGAUUUUUCUCGAAUCAGCUGAGGUUUGUGAAUUGUGUGAUAAGUAUGUCACGCUGGCCAUUGAUUACCUUGAAGAUGACGACAACCAGAAUGCACUCGUUGAGGCGCUUCACCUGAGCUGCUCUCAGAUUCCCCCUUUCAAGAAACAGUGUCUUUCGAUGGUGGAUCAUUAUACCGAGCUUUUCUUCACACAAGUCUCUGUAAUGAAGCCUGACCAAAUCUGCAAAAGGCUUAACCUCUGUCUAGCAGCGACGCCACUGUCCCAUCAAGGAAACUGCGAGUCUUGCCGCCAGACUGUCUCACAAGUUGUCUCAAACCUCAAAGAUCCUGAGAUUAAGCUCAAGAUAAUUCGCUUGCUCCUCAAGGAAUGCAAGUCGCUCAACAAUUACCAGGACAAGUGCAAGAAGAUGGUUUUCGAGUACGGGCCUCUGAUGCUUGCGGAUUUGGAAAAGUUUCUGGAAAAGAAAGACGUCUGCUCUAUCCUUGGCGUCUGUCCUGGCCCAUCCACCUAUGAUGUCCCUGCGCUCGAGGCUCUGGCAGAUUCUUAACAUUUGACCACCUUAUUUUUCUUCAUGCAAUUUGGUGACCGAUAGAUAUUUCAUGUACAUACCCCUCUUGUGAUGUAACAACAACAACAUCAUUCGUGAAAGCUGCUGAAACGUUUCGUGUGCUUCGAGAAAGUUGUUCAAAUUUGGGUUUUUCGCCCAUUAUCCAUUCAUGGGCCUUGACCCAUUAUCCA